AUGGAAUUGAACCUUGUCAGGGAAACAGUCUUUGCCUUUCUAACUGGACUGGGCACUAUGGGGAACAUCUCUGUUUUUGUGAGUUAUGCGCUCAUGUUGGCGGGCACUGAGAAGAAAUGUAUGUACCUUAUUCUCAUCCAUUUGUCUUUUACAAACAUCAUGAUGCUUCUUUUCAAUGGUCUGUCAAAGACAGUAGCAGUGUUUUUCUUGAGAAACUUUCUAGAUGACAUAAGCUGUAAGAUUGCUGUUUACCUGCAAAGAGUGGCCCAGGGCCUCUCCAUCUGCACCACCAGUCUCCUCACAGUGCUCCAGGCUGUCAUCAUGAGUCCCAGACACUCCAGGGGGAGGAGGCUCCAGCCCAGGUCUACAUGGCACAUCCUUCCCUUGCUUCUCUUCUUCUGGGUUCUCAAUUCCUCGAUAGGCAUGAACUUACUUCAUUACAUCAAAAGCACCAGAAUGAACACGUCAAACUUCACUAAGAGUGACCACCUUUGUGAUUUUGAACUAAAAAAUCCAAAAAUAAGAUGGCUUUUUCUCACUCUUAUGGUCCUACGGGAUGCUGUGUUUCAGGGUCUCAUGGGUGGGUCCAGUGUCUACAUGGUGUUUCUUCUCCACAAGCACCACCAGCGUGUUCUCCACCUGAAGAGCUCCAAGUUUCUCUACAAAACUCCUCCUGAGAUCUUAGCUGCCCAAAGUGUUCUCCUUCUGAUGCUCUGCUUUCUUUUCUUCUAUUGGAUUGAAUGCAUUUUAUCUCUACUUUUAAACUCCUUUUUGGAGAAAAAUGUCAUAAUAAAUAAUGUUCGAGAACUUGUAACUCUUGGCUAUCCGAGCAACGGCAUGGUUGGGAAGGCAAGCAACCUGCCUUACAGCCCCUCAACCCAUGGCAGCCAGGAAGCAGAGGAGAAUGGAGGAGCUGAGUAUGUCAACACAUUCUUCUUUGUCAAGCCCUAA